AUGAAUCGGGCAAAAAUUGUUGCGUGUUGGUUAAUUUAUCGACGUAGAAAGAGGCAGAAACGUAAUCGCCUACAUUGGGUCCAUCCGAUCAAUGAAAGGAGAGAAGAAACAGGUUUAUUUCACACACUUUUUGAAGAUCUAAGAAAUGACGAAAAGAAAUUUUUUAAUUAUUUCCGCAUGUCAAUGGCUUCCUUCGAUGAAUUACAUGACAAACUGAAGAAUGUUCUUCGAAGUCAAAAUACAAAAAUGAGAAAUUGCAUUCAACCCAUUGAAAUGUUGGCUGUGACUUUGAGAUAUCUGGUAAGGGGCUGUACGUUUACUGACCUACACUACACUUAUCGAAUUGGAAUUUAUACUGCAAGUAAGAUAGUAAAAGAGGUUUGCAAAGCAAUCUGGGCAGUUCUUCAGGUGGAGUCUAUACCUUCACCAACAAGAGAAAUUUGGGAAUCUAUUGCUUCCGAUUUUGAAACCAUUGCAAAUUUCCCUCAUUGCAUAGGGGCAGUAGAUGGCAAACAUGGGAUGAGGCAUUUGGACUACAUCGCCAUUUAUUACGACCUUUUGGGGGAACACAUUUAA